AUGCACUUCGCCCCUGCACCGUCCUCGCUUCACCGACGACCGGUCCAAGACAAUCACCACCCACAGAGGCACAAUGUGGUCGAUGGCGCCGACCCCUACCGCACCGCGACGCUGCUACCGCUUCGUCACAGAGGUAGCGCUCGCGACAUCAGCGCAAUGCUGACGGCCCCCGUCGUGGAGUACCGCCCGCCGCAGUGGGCGACACCGCUGGGCAUAUCACUCUGGACGAUGCCUCCAGCCUCGAACCCGACGGCCACGACAUCUGUUCUUAACCGCAGCAGUGGUGCCGACAGCAGCGGCGCACCGCACGCUUACUACACCACCUCACCGAAGUCGGCAGCAGCGUCGACUCGGCGAGGUUAUGAAGAUGUGGGCGGACGAGUGCGAGGGAGGCGGGCUGGCGGCGCUACAGCCACCGGAGGGCGACAAUCCUUCGGCACCUCACCGUCGCCGCAUUCCACCACGAGCACCCGGCAGGUGCAUCGCAGCCGCAGCAUCGCGGAGGUUCGUCCGGGCUACGUGACGUCCACGGAGCGUGCCCGCUACCGCAACAGCGUCACAAGGAGGCUGAUCGAUCUCUACGACGAGGUAGCCGAGCUGCACGGCUGCCGCGGGAACAUGAAGCGCCAGGUGACCAGGGCGAUGCGCACCGACCCUCGCUCCUGCAGGGAGCGCAACGGUGAGGUGCAACUCGCCAACAAGCCCACACCCCAGCAACAGCGCGCUGUCGAGUCGGUCAAGGACGCGUUUGAGGUGUUGUAUGACGCCAUGCACGAGCUGAUCGCGGCUUACCUCACCCCAGAGGAGAAGCGCUACCUCGGCAUCGACACGCAUCUCUUCCAGACCAACCGAGAGAAGGCAAAGACGUACCAAUACGCACCACCUCAGCCGAAGCAGCGGUCGUCGUCAACCGGUACCGCGCGAGGGGCACGUGGAAAGACGGCGGUGACAAAGUCCCCAUUGCCGUCGAUUCAGCACAGUGAGCUGCGCGAGGAAGAUGAGGAGGCGGUGGCGGAGGGUGAGGAGGAAGUGCACACAGCAGCCACCGCGCCAACUAGCGGCUCCACUGCUGCGCCAAUGCCGGCAGAUCCAGUCCUCACCCCGCCUAUUGGCACGCCAGCGCUAGGGGCCUCGGCUGCAUUCAACUCGGCCCAGAUCUCUUUCUCGGCACCGCCCAUCCAGCUGGCGCAGCAGUCCAUGACUGAGCACUCCCUGCUGGCGGCCCAACCGCAGCCGGUGACGUCAUCGCCGCCGCCUCUCUACUCCUCCAUCCUGCCCGCUGAGGCGCCUGGCGACGACUUUGGCGCUGCAGCUGAGCAGAAGUCUGUCUUGGGCUCCCACGCAGAUGAGACAGAGAUUCCGGUGAGGUCGCCGGAGCGCGUCUUUGCGCCGGCCGCGUCCAUGUCGACACUGAACGAAGCUUGGCCCAGCGAUACAGCGGAGGGGUCACCGGUACCUUCGCCGACCAAGCCAAAGCCGCCAGCUGCAAAUGAUGAACUUGUGAAGGCGCCGGUGGGCGACCCUGAUGAGGCAAUUCCGACUCCAAAGAUGCCGCCAACGCCGGCCCCGCAGACCCCAUUGUCGCAGCCGCCCAGCCGCACUGCCUCCACCAUGAGCAUCAACGGCGCGCCUGCUACCAAAGCUUCCGCGCCCCACGCACCGGCAACACGCUCGGAGUUAAAGCGCUUCGUAAUCGACUCCGACAGUAACAGCGAUAUGUGA